AUCCAUCUUUGGAAGGACAGUAGACCCUAGGAUGGUGGUGGCAGAGCCGAGAAUCAGGAGGGGGUUUGGGACUCUGGGAUCAACCAGUGAAUAGGGCUGGAUGGCUCACCCAAGCAUGGGGCAUUGAGGACAGGGCUGGACGUGGGAGCUUAGCAGUGAGUCUGGAGCUUGGAUGUCCCGAAACCCCAGCUUCCCGUCACCCCCCAUCAUACCUCCCACCCCCUCCGGGAAGGGAAAUUACAUUUCCCCAUUUUAGCAAGGGGUGGCGAGAGGGAAGAGUGAGUGAACACAAAGCUGAAAGUACAAGUAGGACGGAAAGUGAAACCGGGCACAGCCCCCAGUAUAAGACCCCCCCUACCCAGGAGAUGGCUGACCAAAAAGGCUGGGCCCCGCCAUGGGCCAGACGGCAGGCGACCUUGGCUGGCGGCUCAGCCUGUUGCUGCUUCCCUUGCUGCUGGUUCAAGCUGGUGUCUGGGGAUUCCCAAGGCCCCCAGGGAGGCCCCAGCUGAGCCUGCAGGAGCUGCAGAGGGAGUUCACAGUCAGCCUGCAUCUCGCCAGGAAGCUGCUCUCCGAGGUUCGGGGCCAGGCCCACCGCUUUGCGGAAUCUCACCUGCCGGGAGUGAACCUGUACCUCCUGCCCCUGGGAGAGCAGCUCCCUGAUGUUUCCCUGACCUUCCAGGCCUGGCGCCGCCUCUCUGACCCGGAGCGUCUCUGCUUCAUCUCCACCACGCUUCAGCCCUUCCAUGCCCUGCUGGGAGGGCUGGGGACCCAGGGCCGCUGGACCAACAUGGAGAGGAUGCAGCUGUGGGCCAUGAGGCUGGACCUCCGCGAUCUGCAACGACACCUCCGCUUCCAGGUGCUGGCUGCAGGAUUCAACCUCCCGAAGGAGGAGGAGGAGGAGGAAGAGGAGGAGGAGGAGGAGAGGAAGGGGCUGCUCCCAGGGGCACUGGGCAGCGCCUCACAGGGGCCGGCCCAGGUGUCCUGGCCCCAGCUCCUCUCCACCUACCGCCUGCUGCACUCCUUGGAGCUCGUCUUAUCUCGGGCCGUGCGGGAGUUGCUGCUGCUGUCCAAGGCCGGGCACUCAGUCUGGCCCUUGGGGUUCCCAACAUUGGGCCCCUAGCCCUGAUCGGUGGCUUCUUAGCCCCCUGCCCCCCACCCUUUAGAACUUUAGGACUGGAGUCUUGGCAUCAGGGCAGCCUCUGCAUCAUCAGCCUUGGACAAGGGAGGGCUCUUCCAGCCCCUUCCCCCAGGCCCUACCCAGUAACUGAAAGCCCCUCUGGUCCUCGCCAGCUAUUUAUUUCUUGGAUAUUUAUUUAUUGUUUAGGGAGAUGAUGGUUUAUUUAUUGUCUUGGGGCCUGCUGGUCCUCCUCGGGCCAAGCCCCCAUGCUGGGUGCCCAAUAAAGCACUCUCAUCCAC